CCAGACGGCGAAAAAUUCGUUUACGGUCGCAGCAACAGCGUCAGCUCUCUUCAGAGUCUCCAGUAAUACUUUGCAGUCUUAGUACGCUUAGUACUACACUACUCUUUGCCACUCCUAUCAUCUACCUAACCGUUUACGUAUUUUGUUAUAGCGUCGUGCAUCACAGCGUUUGUCAUUUAUUUCCCUGUAUUCAAAACUUUGAUAUUUUUGAUAUAUUUCGGGAUGCUUGGCCCGCUGCGUUAGUGACGUUACGAAAGUGGAAUAACUUGUAGUAUAUCGUUAUAUACAUCCAAUGGCUACAUCCAAAACCACCAAUACUUAUAAUAGACAGAAUUGGGAAGAUGCUGAAUUUCCGAUUCUUUGUCAGACAUGCCUGGGGGAUAAUCCUUAUAUACGCAUGACAAAAGAGAAAUAUGGCAAAGAAUGUAAAAUCUGUGUGAGGCCAUUCACGGUAUUCCGAUGGUGUCCAGGAGCUCGUAUGCGUUUCAAGAAAACAGAGGUCUGUCAGACGUGCAGUCGUUUGAAAAACGUAUGUCAAACGUGUCUGUUGGAUUUGGAAUACGGUUUGCCGAUUCAAGUGAGGGACGCGGCAUUAAAAAUAAAGGACGAUUUACCACGUUCGGAAGUGAACAAGGAGUACUAUGUGCAAAAUAUAGACAACGAGAUUGGGAAAAUGGAUGCAACAACGCCAGCGGGUUCAGUGGGAAAAUCAGCGGCUGCGAGUGAUUUGUUGAUGAAACUUGCACGCACUAGUCCUUAUUACAAGCGCAACAGACCUCAUAUAUGUUCAUUUUGGGUAAAGGGUGAAUGCAAGAGAGGAGAGGAAUGUCCGUAUCGUCAUGAGAAACCAACGGAUCCCGAUGAUCCGUUGGCCGAUCAAAACAUCAAAGAUCGUUAUUAUGGAGUCAACGAUCCAGUCGCUGACAAAUUAAUGAGACGAGCUGCAGCAAUGCCGAAGCUUGAUCCACCCGAGGACAAAUCAAUAACCACCCUCUACAUUGGCAAUUUGGGUGACGUGCUCACAGAAAAACAAUUACGCGAUCAUUUUUAUCAAUAUGGAGAAAUAAGAUCGGUAACAAUGGUACCAAGACAACAAUGCGCUUUCAUUCAAUACACUCAGAGAAAUGCGGCUGAAGCAGCCGCCGAACGGACUUUCAAUAAAUUGAUUCUCGGCGGUCGACGACUAACAAUUAAAUGGGGCAGAUCUCAAGGUCGACAAACCAUUUCCGCGGCCGAAGCACCUCGCGAAAUGCUCGAACCUGUUCCUGGCUUACCCGGUGCUUUACCACCACCGCCCGAGAGUAUGGGCAAUAAUUUCUUCAAUCUACAAGCUACUCCGGGUAUUAUGCCACCCAUGAUGAUUCCACCGCCACCAGUUGCGCCACAAUUUAUGUUUCCUCCUCAAAUCGCUGCUGCUGCUGCUGCUGCCGCAGCGGCGCCAAUCUUCCCGCCAGGCACUACGCCAAUCCACUAUCCCAGCCAGGAUCCAUCGAGGAUGGGCGCCAGCCAGGGAAUAGGAAAACCAUGGCCCGAAGAAUAAUUCGAAGAAUCCACCGCAACACAUUCGUAAAAAUGUUAAUUUUUUUUUUCGAAACUGUUGUGAUUGCGACUGCAUAUAUCACACGACCCGAAAACCACCAGCAUUUUCCGAUCCACAUAACUCUUACGAAUAUUCAAUAAAUAAACGAAUUUUUGUACAGAGGCAUUUCCCCGUCUCGCUGAUUGCGCGUCAACAAAGGGAAAACUGGUUUCCCGAUAAGAAAUAUAGAGUUGUGCAGUUACAAAAACAUUGAAUUGGAUUACAUAACCAUGAAAAAAUAAAACUCUAAAAUGUAUAUUUGUAGAACAUUACCGACAGACAGAUCCCGAGUUUGUACCAGAGAAUCGCUCGAUUCUUACUAGGAUAUAAUUUUUAAUACCUGAAUUGACCUGUACUCGUGAACACGACGGGAUAACGCAACUUUGUGCGUAUGUAAAUAAAAAAUAUGCAACCACUA